AUGAGCGAAGGGCAUUUCAUCAACGGCGAUCACCUUGAUUCCACCGUAUUCAACGACCCCAGAGACUCUGAUAUCAUUCUCACCUUUGGCAAUCAUCAAGUCUAUGCUCACAGAGUCAUCUUACGCAUGUGGUCACCCUUUUUCCAACGCAGUCUGAACUCUCAAUUUUCCGUCUCCAACAGCGCCACCUUCAUCAUCGACGACGAGUGUGAUGGAAAACAUGAGCCAGAAGCCGUGUUUGCCAUGCUGAAGCACAUUUAUGGCAUGCCAUUUGGUUCUGGUUCAAACUGCAGACCUGAUGGGACAUCAGUGAUCGAAUACUCCAUCAAAGUCUACAAACUGGCGGACAAGUACGACAUCCUAUCCGUGAGACGCGCUGCAGUGGAGUUCAUUGAGAGUUACAUAAACGCCUACUUGUAUUUGAGCAAAACUCAAAACCCACCAGCCUCCAGUCCUAUCCCAGAUUGCAUUGCACACAUCUGCGGUCCAGAUGCACCUCAGCUAGCCGACCUACAGCUGCGCAAUGCUCUUUUCUCCUGGUUGUCCAAAAACAUCUGUGCUUUGAGCAAACACAACGAGUUUAAGGUGAAGAUCGAAGACGGAUCUCUGCUUGACGUCGAUUUGACUGCAAAGCUGCUAUUCAGGUUGACUGAAGAGAUUGACAACUUCGCAAAGUGGUAA